AGCGACCGGAAGUGACCGUUUGUCUCACUACACCUGUGGCUUCACUUAAACAGGUCUGGCGUCACAACUUAUAUCGUCUCAUUGAGCUAACAGGUGCCCACCGACAGAACUCUUAAAGCUCAGUUUUCUCCGGUUUCUGAAGCGGAAGAUCGGGACACCGGAGCGGACAGACACUGAGAGACACUACGGCAGUACUCUGUUCCUAACAUCACAACCGUAGAGAACUUUGAAGGGUGAGGAUGCUGCGAGUGGCGGUGGUCGGUGGGGGGGCGGCGGGGCUCUGUGCAGCCCGGCACAUCCUGUCCCGGGGGAAACGCUUCGCCCCCCCGGUGGUGUUCGAGCUCACCGAUAACAUCGGAGGCACCUGGUGCUACGACGAGCGAAUCACGUACGACGACGGGAGGCCGGUUCACAGCAGCAUGUACCGAGACCUCAGGACCAACCUGCCCAAAGAGGUGAUGAUGUUUCCUGAUUUCCCCUUCGACUCGGAGCUCUGCAGCUUCCUGCCGCACCACGAGGUCCAGAAAUACCUGGAGAAAUACUGCCAGAGCCACGGCAUCCGGCCUCACAUCCGCUUCAACACGGUGGUGGAGAAGGUGGCGCCGCUGGUUUUGGCGGCGGAUGACAACAAGGAGGAGACAACCUGGGAAGUGACGUCCUGUGACUCGUCCGGUCUUCAGAAAACAGAAACCUUCGACUCGGUCUUCGUCUGCUCCGGGCAUUACUCUGUUCCAAACAUCCCGACCGUACCGGGGAUAGAGAACUUUAAAGGACAGGUGCUCCACAGUCACUCGUACAGGUGUGCAGACUCGUUCUCGGGGAAUACCGUGGUCGUUAUGGGAGCCAAGGCUUCAGGACUGGAUAUCUCUGUGGAGCUGGCUAAAGUUGGCGCCCAGGUUAGACUGAGUUACUCCGGCCCUCCGCUCAGCUUCCCUCUUCCUGACGGGAUCCAGGAGGCCAGUUUAGUGGAGGCGGUGGAGAGAGACGGCAGCAUUCGCUUCCAGGACGGCUCCUCCUGCCCCGCAGACGUCCUGCUGUUCUGCACCGGCUACGUUUUCAGCUUCCCAUUCCUGGACGCCGCUCAGCUGAAGCUGCAGCUCCAGGACCAGCUGCUGGCCCCCCUGUACCGCCACAUGAUGCCCCCCAACUUCCCCUCGCUCUUCUUCAUCGGCAUGUGCAAACUCAUCUGCCCCUUCCCCAACUUCCACUGCCAGGUGCAGUUCGCUCUGGCGGUGCUGGAUGGUUCCGUCCCGUUACCGCCGGCAGAGCAGAUGGAGCAGGAGGUGUUGGAGGAGCUGCAGGAGAAGGAGCAGCGCGGCGUCCAGCAGCGCCACCUGAUGGUGCUGCAGCAGCAGCAGUGGGAGUACUGCUCCAUGCUCGCCGCCGCCGCUCGCUUCCCCCCGCUGCCGCCCGCCGUACAGAGUCUGUACAAGGAGGUGUGGAGGCAGCGCCAAAAACACCCGCAGAACUACCGGAGACUCAACUACCGCAUGAUCGCAGACGACCGCUGGGAGCUCGCACACUGACGGAGAAAAUAACUGAGGCAGGGUUCAGUGACCUUAGCUGAGUGGGGUCAAAACAGAUAUCAACAUUAUAAUUACAUAACAGAUUAAUAUUAAAAAUCUGAAAACUACCGGAGACUCAACGACCUCUGGGAGUCUUAAUAAGUCUUUAAAUCUGUUAAAGUUUUGGAAAUCUUUCACAUUGCAGUAAGUCUUGAAACGUCUACACUAUAAGUAUCAGCGCACUUCCUAAAGGAUUGAAAAACCAAAAAUGUGAUAAGAUUAAAACAGUAUCUUAAAAAGUGUGUUAAAAAACUCGUGAUGAGUCCGUAGAAAUCUGUAACAUUUGAAUAAGUCUUUAACGGUAUAAUUAUCCAAAAACUACCAGAGUCUCAACUACCGAUAAUUAGAGACAACAGCUGGGAGUCUGAAAAAGUCUCCUAAUAAGUCUGAUUAUUUUGAAGUAUUUAAAAAUCUAAAAUUAAUUAUCAAAAAGAAAUCUGUUGGAUAUUUCCAUCUAAAACCCAAAUUGAGUUAAAGUAUAAUCAUCAGAAAUCAUUAUUGCUGUAACAGUGGAAUUCAAAAGCGAAAAGAUGGAAGACAAGCAGACGCUAUAUAUAAUAUUCUAAAACAGAAAUGUGAUUAAAUGAGUUCUGAAACUACAAGAAAUAACUGAUUAAGUAAAGUCAAGAAAUCUCACUUUAAAAGAACAGGAAUUUGAGUCGUUAUUUUUGAUUUAGACAAAAUAUUUGACUAAUUAAGUAUCUUGAUAUUUUUUAUCACAAUUAGCUCCAUCAUAGAAUUUGAUGACGUAAAGUCACUAAUGCACUUUGGUUGCUCAGCCAUGAAGACUACAACUCCCAUGAUGCCUCACUGCAUCACGGCCACAUCUCUCUUACUGUGUUUUUUAAAGACCUUCACUUUUAAUUUUCUACUGAACUUUUCUAAGAUGUUGUGAAACUUUCUUAUGGAAUGAUCGCUGACGCUUAAUUGAAUAAAUGCCUUUGUUAUGAAUUGUUUUACUGCCAUCCAAUCAGCAGUCAACCUGAUUCAAACCCAAUCAACUGUGUUCAUAAUUAAGGCAAACUCUAACAUUGAAUUUAAGAUGUUAGAUUUAAAUAAAUUCUUAUUAAGGACGUUAUUUAUUUAUUUUGGGGGGUUUUAUUAAAUAUGAAUCAAUAAUAAAGUCAAAACAGUUUAAAUAGUAAAUAAAUGAUUCUGAUUUUAACAUGUUAUGAGUGAAUGUAAAAUCAAAAUGAACGACCCUGACCCUUUAAGAGUAAUCAACAACUAAUGUUCUCAUUGUAUUAAACCAUCUUGAGUGUA